UACACUCACAUAACCUGUCGGCCCUCAUCGUAACCUGAAUAAUUUAUGAAUCGUUUCGUAUGUAAACAGUAUAAAACCUGAAGGCGUGCUGACUCGUUCAAACUAGCUACCAAGUUAGAACCGCGGUGAAAGGAAAAGUGUCUUACAAAGUUUAGUAUAACAUAUUCAGAUGGCGAAUUAUGAAGUUGAUGAUUGCAGAGAGGUGUUUUUGUUAUACGAUCGAGUUGGAGAUCACAAGAUAGAUGUCCACGAAGUAGGCGAAGUUUUGAGAGCUUUGGGUUCAAAUCCAACAGAAAGCGAGCUAGUUAAGCUGGAACAGCAGUUCAAGGCUGGUAAACGUAUUUCGUUUGAAGCAUUUUGGCCGAUAUUCCAAGCAACAAAACCACGAAAGUUAACUCCAGCUAUUAAAGCGUCGUUUGUUGAAUGCUUCAAAGUGUUUGAUAGAAAUGCAAAUGGUACAAUAAGCUCUGCAGAAUUUCGACAGCUACUCACAAAUCUUGGGGACCGAUUAAGCGAUGAGGAAGUUGAUCUUCUUUUGGCUGGCCAGGAGGACAACAAUGGCCAGAUUCAUUACGAAAACCUCGUAACAUCCAUCACUUCAGUUUAAAACGUCGGAACUAAACGACUGUCAUUCAUAUUAUUUCUGUAGUCAUUCAAUGUACAUAAAACGAUCGAUCAAAGUUGAAAUAUACUGAUGCAUACAUGUAUA